UCGGAUAUCUUCGUUUUACCGAGGCUUUGGAAUCGAAUCUAUUCGGAAGCCCUCGACUCUGGCAUAACCAUGAUCGGAGCUAUUCGGCUCUCUCCGGACCUAAGGCUGAGGCGCUGAGGCGCUUGGGUGUUUGGGGCUGGUCAGGGACCGGAAGUGCGUGGGCUGCCUGGCUGGCCUUGCUUGGGGCUUUCAGGAAACAUGGAAGCGGCCGCGGUAGUUGGAGUCUAAGCACUCUUUUGACGGCCUCUCGGUGCCCUGUGAGAGGAAAGGGGAGGAUGCCACUGGAAUCGUCUUCAAUGCAACUGUCCUUCCCUUCCCAGCUGUCCUUACCCCUGGUGCCAGAAAAUUUGACUAACUCUUCCCUUCUGCCAAUGUCUUACAUCACUUCCCAGGAGAUGAAGUGUAUUCUUCACUGGUUUGCCAGUUGGUCAGGGCUCCAGCGUGAACGUUUCCUACAGGACUUAGUAGCUAAGGCAGUACCAGGAAAAUUACAGCCACUGCUGGAAGGUCUGGAGCAGCUUAGUGUGUCUGGAGCAAACCGACCACCUUGUAUCUUUGAGUGCCAGCUACGUCUUUGGGAUCAGUGGUUUCGAGGUUGGGCUGAGGAGGAGCGCAAUGAAUUUGUCAGGCAGCUGGAGAUCAGUGAACCAGACUUCGUGUCAAAGUUUUAUCAAGCAGUGGCUGCUACAGCUGGUAAAGACUGAUAGUCAUUAAAAUCAAAGAAGAUAACCAUUGCUGAUGGAGCCGAAGCCACAACUUUACAAUGAGAACUUCAAAUGUGUCACUUAAAGGUCUGGGAAUGGCAUCCCAAUCUGCUGACUGAACUUGCUGACCAGUGCAGGCCUGGUUAUUUCAAUGUUAAUAGCAUAUCAGCUGGACUCCUAGUGUGAAUGUUUUCCAUCUAAGUGAACCCAGGUCAGCAGUCUGCCUAAUAACUUUUUUCUUUCCAAGAGUUGUCAAACCUUCAAGAAUUUAAUAGCUUCUUUUGCAACUAUAA